AUGGCGUGGCCGUGCAUCACGCGGGCCUGCUGCAUCGCGCGCUUCUGGAACCAGCUGGACAAGGCGGACAUCGCCGUGCCGCUCGUCUUCACCAAGUACUCGGAGGCCACCGAGCACCCGGGCGCCCCGCCGCCGCCCCUGCCGGCGCGCGCGGUCGCCAUAGAGACGCAGCCGGCCCCGGGCGACUCGGAUGGGGUUGCCCGGGCAACAGGGCGGGCCCCGGGGCCGGGCGGCCCGCGCGAGGCUGCGGCUGCGCCGGGCCGGGGCGCGCCGGGCUCCGGCGCGGGCUCCGCCUCCGCCGCCGCCUCCGCCCCGGGCCCCGCGGACUCGGUGAUGCGGCAGGACUACCGCGCCUGGAAGGUGCAGCGGCCCGAGCCCAGCUGCCGGCCGCGCAGCGAGUACCAGCCGUCGGACGCGCCCUUCGAGCGCGAGACGCAGUACCAGAAGGACUUCCGCGCCUGGCCGCUGCCGCGCCGCGGGGACCACCCCUGGAUCCCCAAGCCCGCGCCCAUGUCCGCGCCCCCGCAGCCCGCCGCCCCGGCGCCCGGGCCGCCCCAGCGCCGGCCCAAGAGCCAGGAGCGCCGGCCCCUGCCGCCGGCCGCCGCGGCCCCGGAGCGGGGCGGAGCCGGCGUCCCCGCGGCGGGAAAGGCGUCGGGCGGGGACGAGCGCGACACCCGCCGGAAGGCCGGGCCCGCCUGGAUGGUGCGCCGCGCCGAGGGCCGCGAGCCGGCGCCUGCAGCGCAGCCCCAGGCGGAAGAGGGCGGCCCGGCGGCCGGGAAGGCCUCGGGCGGAGACCAGGGCGACACCCGCCGCCGGGCCGGGCCCCCCUGGAUGGUGAGCCGCGCUGAGGGCCGGGAGCCCGAGCCGAGGCCUGCGCAGCCCCAGGCGGAAGAGGGCGGCCCGGCGGCGGGGAAGGAGUCCGGCGGAGAUGACAGCGACACCCGCCGCCGGGCCGGGCCCCCCUGGAUGGUGAGCCGCGCUGAGGGCCGCGAGCCGGAGCCGAGACCUGCGCAGCCCCAGGCGGAAGAGGGCGGCCCGGCGGCCGGGAAGGCCUCGGGCGGAGAUGACAGCGACACCCGCCGCCGGGCCGGGCCCCCCUGGAUGGUGAGCCGCGCUGAGGGCCGCGAGCCGGAGCCGAGACCUGCGCAGCCCCAGGCGGAAGAGGGCGGCCCGGCGGCCGGGAAGGCCUCGGGCGGAGAUGACAGCGACACCCGCCGCCGGGCCGGGCCCCCCUGGAUGGUGAGCCGCGCUGAGGGCCGGGAGCCCGAGCCGAGGCCUGCGCAGCCCCAGGCGGAAGAGGGCGGCCCCGCCGCGGGGAAGGCGUCGGGCGGAGACCAGGGCGACACCCGCCGCCGGGCCGGGCCCCCCUGGAUGGUGAGCCGCGCCGAGGGCCGCACCGAAGGCCACGAGCCGAGGCCUGCAGCGCCGACCCAGGCGGAAGAGGGCGGCCCCGCCGCGGGAAAGGCCUCGGGCGGAGAUCUUGGCGACACCCGCCGCCGGGCCGGGCCUCCCUGGAUGGUGAGCCGCGCUGAGGGCCGGGAGCCCGAGCCGAGGCCUGCGCAGCCCCAGGCGGAAGAGGGCGGCCCGGCGGCCGGGAAGGCCUCGGGCGGAGACCAGGGCGACACCCGCCGCCGGGCCGGGCCCCCCUGGAUGGUGAGCCGCGCCGAGGGCCGCACGGAAGGCCGCGAGCCGAGGCCUGCAGCGCCGACCCAGGCGGAAGAGGGCGGCCCGGCGGCCGGGAAGGCGUCCGGGGCGGAUGAACGCGACAGCCGCCGCCGGGCCGGGCCCCCCUGGAUGGUGAGCCGCGCCGAGGGCCGCGAGCCGACGCCCUCCGGCCUGCAGGCCGCAGGCCCGGACGGCAGCAAGGGCCGCGCCGUGGCCGAUGCUCUGAACCGGCAGAUCCGCGAGGAGGUGACCGGCGCGGCGAGCAGCUCCUACAGGAAUGAAUUCAGAGCAUGGACAGACAUCAAGCCUGUGAAACCAAUCAAAGCCAAGCCCCAGUACAAACCCCCAGAUGACAAGAUGUCCCAUGAGACCAGCUAUAGCGCCCAGUUCAAAGGGGAGGCCAAUAAGCCCACUGCAGCCGACAAUAAGAUCGUGGAUCGCAGAAGAAUACGCAGCCUUUACAGCGAACCUUUCAAGGAAUCCCCAAAGGUGGAGAAACCCAGUGCUCAGAGUUCCAAACCAAAAAAGACCCCAGUGAGCCAUAAGCCCCCCAGGAAGGCCAAAGACAAGCAGGUGGCGUCGGGCCAGGCCGCCAAGAAAAAGAGCGCAGAGGGGGCCACCGCCACCGCCAAGCCCGACGAGAAGGAGCAAAGCAAAGAGAUGAGCAAUAAACUGGCUGAGGCUAAAGAGAGCCCCGUCCCACCUGCCAGCGGUUCACAGAAGAAUCAAGGUCCUGUAGCCACACCGCCAGAUAAGGAUCAAGGCCCUGUGAUCCCAGGGCUUCCGAAAGGUCAAGGUCCUGUGGUCCAAGAACCGCUGAAGGAUCAAGGCUCCACGGUCCUGGGACCGCCAAAGGAUCAAGGUGCUGUGGUCUCUGGGCCUCCAAAGGAUCAAGGUGCUGUGGUCUCUGGGCCUCCAAAGGAUCUAGGUCCCGUGGCCCCAGUGCCAGUCAAAGAUGGAGAUCACACGGUCCCUAAGCCUUUAAAGAACGAAGGUUCUGCCAUCUCAGCACCAGCCAAGGACCAAGGCCCCUUAGUCCCAGAGCCUCCAAAGACUCAAGGUCCUAUGAUUCCAGCAAGAAUGAAGGAUUCAGGUCCUGUGGUACCAGCGUCUCUGAAAGAUCAAGGUCCUGUGGCUCCUGAGCCUGGAAAGAACCAAGGUCCUCUGGUCCCCACACCGGGUAAGGAUCGAGGUCCUACAGGCCCCGAGCAUUGGGAGGAUCAAAGCAUCCUGGUCACGGCACCUCUGAAGAAUCAAGGUCCUGUGGUCUCUGAACCUAUGAAGAUUCAAGAUUUUAUAGUCCCGGAGCCAAUCAAGAGUCAAGAUGUAGUGGCCCCCGAGCAGCUGAAGGGAUAUGAUUCUGUGCUAAAGAAUCAAGGUCCUGUGGUCUCGGAGUCUGUGAAGAUCCAGAACCCCCUUGUCCCAGCGCUAGUUAAGGAUCAAGGUCCCGUGGUCCCCGAGUCUCCGAAGAAUCAAGCUCCUCUAAUCUCUGAGCCUGUGAAGAACCGAGGUCCUAUCAUCCCAGUGCCUCUGAAGGACCCAGAUCCUCUGGUAUCCGCACCAGCGAAGGACCAAGGUCCUGUGUUCCCAGACCCCCUGAAGACUCAAGGUCCCCCCGCCCCCCAACUGACCGCCGUCUCACCGCCACCCCCAGUCAUGAUCCCCACCGCCCCCCAUGUGGAAUAUCUUGAGGGGUCCCCUUGAUGUCCCCCCACUUGACAUGCCACUGAAGGACCUGCCCGUGGCUCCCUCCCCUGGGGGUGGGGGCAGAGUUGCAAAUAUUUAAUCUGCAUGAAACCAAAGCCGUGCUGUGUAG